AUGUGUGAUGAAUAUAAUGCCAUGGUACAUUUAGUGCCACACCCCGCCGAUGCCAAUGUCAUCCGUGGUAUGUGGAUAUUCAGGAACAAAAAGAAGUCAUACUGUUCUUUUGAGCGGUAUAAGGCUCUGUUUGUGGCUAAUGGUAAAGGUCAAGAGGUUGGUGUUGAUUGUGACGAGACAUUUAGUCUGGUUGUCAAACCUACUACCAUUCGUACUAUUUUGAGUUUAGUUGUGUCAAGAAAGUGGAGUAUUCAUCAACUUGAUGUGAAAAAUGCAUUUCUUCAUGGUAACUUGCAAGAAACCGUGUAUAUGCAUCAACCACCUGGAUUUGUUGAUCCGGAUAAGCCCAAACAUGAUCUUGGCCCCCUCUCCUACUUUCUUGGUAUUUUUGUCUCUCGAUCCAAGGAAGGAAUGUUUCUUUGUCAAAGAAAGUAUGCACAGGAAAUUCUUGCCCGGGCUAAUAUGUCUUAUUGUAAACCGGCCUCUACUCCUGUGGACACGAAGUCCAAACUUAGUGCUUCUAGUGGCAACAAGUUUGACAAUGCGAAUCUAUAUCGUCAACUUGAUGGGGCACUUCAGUAUCUUACCUUCACUAGACCGGACAUCACUUAUGCAGUUCAGCAGAUGUGCCUGUUCAUGCAUGACCCCCGAGAAUCUCAUUUUUAUGCUCUUAAGCGUAUUCUUCGAUACAUAAAAGAUACGCUUAAUUAUGGGAUGCAUUUAUGA